AGCGAUUUAUCUCGAGCGAUAUAUCGUGGACGACAAUAUAGCGAGCGACGGGCGAGAACCUGUCCACAGAAAAGCGAUUUACAAAUUAGUUUUCGUCAUGCCUCUCACACGAGCGCGUCGAAUUGCCCUUUUUUUGGAAGAUGAUGUAUUUUUAGACCCAUUUUUAAAGAAAAAAAGGAAAUAUGGUGUACAUCCCAUCAAUAGAUACAGAAAAGCAUACGGGGAAUAUCAUCAUUUGUAUAAACAUUUGCGAAAAUACCCAGAGAGGGUUUUCCAGUACCUUGGAAUGAGUAUACACACAUUUUAUUUACUACUGGAUAAAAUUAAAACGAGUAUUGUGAAAAAAACUACCAACUUUGGAAAACCAAUUUCUAUUGAAGAACGAUUAGUGGUUACAAUAAGAUAUUUAGCUACUGGAUGUUCAUUCAGAAGUCUAGCAUUUUCAUUCCGAAUGGGCAAGUCUACGAUAAGUAUGAUAGUUUUUGAAACAGCCGGAAUAAUUUGGAGUAAAUUGGUUCAAGAAUAUAUGCCCGUGCCUACUGAGGAACAUUUACAAAAAGUAAUAUCAGACUAUUAUAAUCGAUGGAAAUUUCCCAACUGUUUUGGCUCAAUUGACGGCAAACACUGUCAAAUAAAAUGUCCGCCAAACUCAGGAUCGAGUUAUUUUAAUUAUUUAAAAUACUUUUCGAUAGUACUACAAGGCGUGGCUGAUGCUGAUAAAAAAUUCCUGCCAAUAGAAGUAGGAGGCAGGGGUAAGCAAAGUGAUGGUGGAACAUUUAUCGCGUCAAUUUUAUUCAACCUAUUGGAAGCCAACAAUUUUGCGUCCCUCCAGAUCAAGAACUGCCAGGAUCAAACAUAA